GUAUGCCGAAAAAAAUCAAUCCUGGUCUUAUAUUACUGUGGUGUAAACUUAAUUUAAUCUAACCCAAAGACUUUACUUUUCGAGUUAUUUUUGGAUUAUUGUUGCACCGCUUAAUAACGGAAAAUUGUCGUGUACUGUAUGUCCGCCUCCUGGAGCGUUUUAGUCCUUUGUGAUUAUUUAUUGACGCCAUUUUGUUUGUUUGAUGACCGUAGGCUAGUGGAUUUGAAAGUCAAGAACGCUUGAGGCGUCAAUGAAGAAAAAGGGACUAAAAUAUGCCAUUGUUAAGCCCCUCUUUAAAGAAGAUGAUAAGAGAGACGUCAGUAACUUCCGGCUGAUUUCACUGCUGACAUCAUUUUCCAAAAUUUUUGAGAAGAUGGGUAGCAGUCAGCAGUUCUCACUCAGGUGGAAUAAUUACCUGAACCACAUAACUGGUGCCUUUGACACAUUGAGAAAUGAUGAUGAGUUGGUGGACGUAACACUGAGCUGUGAAGGCAAGCGCAUUAAGGCUCACAAGAUGUUGCUGUCUGUCUGCAGUACUUAUUUUAGAGAUCUGUUCAAGGAAAAUCCUUGCCAACAUCCUGUGAUAAUUUUUCGCAAUGUCAAAUUUGAAGACCUGGUGGCUCUGAUAGACUUCAUGUACCAUGGAGAGGUGAAUGUGAUGCAGGAGCAGCUCACUUCCUUUCUGACAACAGCAGAACUGUUGGCAGUGCAGGGCCUCUCUGAGGAUAAGGGCAAGGAAAAGGAGAGGGACAGUAGUCCACUGCCAGAGAGUGAGGUGGACUUGACGGACUCUCCUCCACCACCGCCGCCACCACCACCAGUUCAUGAGACUGAAGCCUCUGUCAGUAACAGUAGCCAUAUUGGGCUCUUGCGACACAACAGGCAGCGUACGUCGUCCCCGCGAAGUCCCCCUCAGGCUCCGGCCUUUUUUCCCACCACCUCUAAUAUAGAACGGCGCCCGGAGUCACCACCUAAUAAACGCCGCCGUUGGUCAUCUACUCAGCAGCCAAUUGCAAAACCUGCUGCAGUGUCUGUGACCAGUAGGAAAUGUGACGAUGAGGGAAGUGGUUCCCCACCACCACCACCUUCUCCAGCCAGAAGGCCAGUUACGGAUCAGACCCCAGACACCACUGAAAUUGUGCCACCUACGCCAAACCCUCCUGUCAAAAUGGAAAUGCCCGAUUAUGUUGAUGAAUCUCGGACUCGUGCUGAUCAGGGUCAGAUGCCCAGUGGAACAGCUGUUGAAAAUGACUCUCUUGCGAGCAUGGCACAACUUGUUGCUGCAAAAACUGAGGGUGCUUCAUCACCGACACAAGGAGUGAGUUCGGCUCCGCCAGAUUUGUCAGAUCUUUACGGAGGGAGCUCGCGGGAUGCAGGGGCCACUUCGGACAGCUUGUCUGCUGUUGAACUGUCCCAGAUCCUUGCGAAACCGGGACCGUCGGGAGAAAGCCAGAGCCAAGAUUCUCUGCAGGAUAUGUUGCUGAAGUGUGCACAUGUCAACCGCAAUUCUGCCCCAAGAGAGGUUCACUGUUGCCAGACUUGUGGAAAAACAUUCAGAAAUUAUGAAUCUUUUUGCAAGCAUAUGCCUGUGCAUGAAGGAAAGACUCGGUGCCCCAUAUGCCAAGUGGUACUUUGUCGAACGUCUUACGUCAAACAGCAUAUGGUAACAGUGCACCAUGUUGUUUUGCAACCAGAACCAAACACUAGUGGAUCAGAGUGGACUGGCAGGCAGUGACACUAGGCAGUAUAUCUUUGUUGGUUAGAUAAAUGUGGAUAUAUACAUGAGAAUGUGGGUGUAAUAAUUAGUUGCAAAAAAUAUACGACAUAUUGUGUUUUACAAAAUGUAUAGUGUAUGUAGCUUUUCUGCAUCAUUUUCGUGAAUAUAUUCUAGGUUAAAAUAGUUUGAACAUUUUUAUUGUGUAAUUUAGUUUCAUUAUUUGCAUGUUACAUGAAUCAUAAUAGCGACCUCUCGCUGUGAUUGAAACAAGUCAGUUUUAUAAUUAUCGUACAUUUUCUCGAUGAAAAAAUGGAAAUUUGUGGCCCAUUUAUGUGUCUCUCUCUCUCUCUCUCUCUCUCUCUCUCUCUCUCUCUCUCUCUCACACACACACACACACACACACACACACACACACACACACACACACAUUCUUCUAUGGAAUAGGAGUCAUAAUGAAAGUGUUAUCUGAAGUUAAUUUUAGUAUCUAUGGCCUCACUGGGUAGGUACUCUAAGAUUUUUAUGAAUGAGUAACUCUCUCCUUUCUGUGCCACACUAAGGUUGAGUGAAAGAUAGCGUAAAUAAUUUCUUCUUGUAAUAUAUUUAUGAAUGUUACUGUUGUUACCAGCCUGUGAUUUAUUAUUGACAACAAACGCCAUAAGGGAGUAAAUGCACAGUGAGAGUUACUGGUACACCCAACUGUUUAAAGAACUGUCUAUAGGAGCUUCUAGAGUGGACACCACACUUGUUACGAACUUGUGUGUAACAAACAUUUUCUUCCUUGAUGACAAGUUAUAAAAUAAAACAGUGAAAAUAGGAAAAUUAAGCCAACUGUUUGACUAUUUCCUCUCCAAAAUCUGAUUUAUCCAUAAACCAGAAGUGGCAGAGCCGAGAGGUUUAA